UCCACGCUGUAUCUUUGCAGGUUCGUGUGUGUCUCUUAGUAUCUCUUCCGGUUAAGGAUGAGGCUCUUCUUUGUGAGUCAUCCAAGCCGUUUCUCCAGCUACGAGAUUGUGUAACAGGACCGUGUCUCUGGAGAUUCCUGUGAUUGAUUAUGUGCUAUCUUUCAUGUUUCUUCACUUGCGUAUGAAUUACGUUUCUUAUUUCUACUUUUGCACUUCUUCCACAAUCUGGACAAGUGUUAUUCACAGCCGUAAUCUAGGACUGACAAAACCCAAAAGAAGCGUAUACCCACGGGCGGCGUUGUUUAUACUUUACUUCCCUUUUUCCCUUAGUGAGUUUUUUUUGUCUCGUCAACUAAAGUUCCAGACCGUGCUCCUCGCAUGUCUAACUUCAGAAAAUAAGAAUCUCAACAAUUUUCAACUCUUGCAUAAAACUCGAAACCGAUGAUACGAAGAGAACACGAUCAUGCGCGUGUGGUGUAUGUUGAAAUAGAAUUGACACGGUGGUGACCAUGAGUUGAGGUACAGGACGUCGUAUGAUUGUCCUUGCCAUUCGAUUUCUGGGAUGAGGUGGAGAAGAACGUUGACGUCGUUGAGCUUUGUUUUGUUUUGUUUUGUUUUUUUUUUUGUUUUUCUUCUUCCCCUAAUCGAACCCUAAAGAAGGAAGUGGGUUCUCUUUCUCGCAUUCCCUGCUCUUCAAGCUUGCGAUUACAACGAUGAGUACUUAGGGUCGGAGGGGUUUAGGUUCGGUUCUCAAGAGUCUGUUUCGAAAUGGAGGUUGGAUGGAACCGCAAGGCGCGACGCGCGUUCAUCCCGCUGUUUUCGUUCAGAAUGGGGCAGUGAGCAGGGUGUUAGUUCUUCCAGCCCACCACAACGCCAACGCCGGAAAUCAACUUCUCGGCCUUGGGUCAUUCCAUGCGUGCGCAGGAAGACGAACCGAGCAUAAGAAUGUUGCAAGGUGGUAUACGAGGUUUUCGCCAAGGGGUCUUUUUCGCAGGCGUGAGGAAGCCCCUGUCGCUGUGAGGGACACGACGGAGCACAGAGCGGCAGGAAUUAUCUUGGGUGUAGUUCGUUUCUUUGGCGAGUUUGUUGCUCUGCCGCCGCCAACUUUUCUAGGAAGGUUGCAUGGGCGCUGUCUUCCCCGCAAAGGCAUGCAUAUUCGAUUAAGUCUUCGGAUUCCUGAAGACAAUACGAAUCAACACAUUCUCCAAGACCUGGUGGCAGAUGUCACUUUAACCUUAUAACUCUUUUCUUAAGUUGGUUGUGAACGGUUUAUCCGUCGUGUUGAAUAUUCCCGGAUGGAGGUAUUUUACCGAGAGCUCGAGGCCAGAAGACCUUGUAGCUGCCCAUUGAUGUGUAGACACUUCUGUAACUGUUUUUAGGUCUCGAGUAGGAAAGCAAGGAGCACUCUCCUUGUAUCAAUUGGUUGAAGGUUCUGAAAAGGGACAGGCAACUGAUUUCAACCACUUCGAAUGCUAAGCUGAGGGACCUGUUGAAGUGCAGAUGACGUCUGGGGAUAAGGAGCGCGUUACUGUUUCAUAAGGGCUCUUAAGUAAGUCGGCUCGACAUGAGGACUCCCUGAAGCGAGUUUGUGGGUUUAGAUGCGCCUGUGGAUGGCAAUUCAGCCAUGUUGACCGAGGGUGAGGGUGAAGGUGAAGGGGACGUACCAUUGGAUGGAGUAAAAACUGCUGAAGAUUUCAAAUUUUAUUCGACACAAACAUGUAGUGCUGAUUUUCAACAAAGAUCGGUUGAAGUGGUUGAAUUUGGCUCAAGACCUGCAAAGAGGGCGAGGUUAUUGAAUGAUAAAAGCAAUCCAGCGAAGGAGUCCCAAGCUUGCAACUCAUUUGCGAGUCGAUUGGCCCGGGAUAGUUUUAUCGAGAAGAAAGUUGCGAAUGUUAUUCAAAUGCUACAGACAUAUCAAGCAGACGAACCAAUGUCUGAUAGUGAUUCAGGGAUUACGAAUGAACUUCGCGCAAGAAUUGCAGGAAUGAAAGUGGUCGGCUGUGUUGAGGCAAGUGAGUAUGACGAAAAGAAGGGCAAUAUGAAAGCGUCUGCAGCACAAGACGACGUAAAAACAGUAUUCAUUGAUUCUGAAGGAGUAGAGAGAAAUGCAGCCUCUACAAUGAUCCAGCAGGAUUUAGGUGAUACAGCCAGCACUUCCAGCGAUGAAGGAGUAUUUGUCAUUAAAAUGAGAAGUCCAACAAGUAAACAGUUGCUUCACGGUCCAAAACUGGGUAUGGAUCAAGAAGAGUUGCAUAAUUGUUCUGUUGCAGCAACCAGGAUAAUGAUAGGGGUUCAGGAUGCAUACGACAGUCCUGGAACUAUGGGGCAUUGUCACGGAGGUGGACAUGACGUGGAUGAUCGUUUCAUAAAGUCUUUGGCUGUAGAAGAUGAAGAGAGAACCGAACUUGAUGCAGAGAAGGUUGAGAGUAGUGUAGAACUAGCAAAUGUAAUUCCUGGAGAUGCUGGUAAAAAGCUAAAGAUCUGCAGCGACAUUGAAGUUCAACACAUGCAGCUGGCUGCAGCGGAUUUCAGAGAUGAGAAUUUAGAUGUCUCGAAGUCUAAUCAGGAGGCCGAAGUCUCACCGAUACACAGAAGCUAUUCAAAGAGCACGGAGUUGGAUGAAGCAUAUGAGCACCACAGUAAUGAGCUAUUUCAGAAUGAUGCUGAAAAUGUGGCACGUGCAGAAAUGCACACCUCAUUGGGAGCUGGGGUCCAGAAUGAUGUUGCAAAGAACUUGGAUCACUGUGUCGGUUUAGACAGGGAACGCCAGGUUGUUCUAACUAGAGUGACGGAUGGGGAUAUAAUUGAUGUCGGGAAGUUGGAGGCCGUUAAAGAAGAUAGGACAUUAGCGCUGGGUUCUGUUGACAGCACAUCAGACGAUGGUCAUCAAGUCAAUAGGUAUCAAGAAGGUCAUUGCAAUGGCUGUGAAGACGUUACAGGGGUAGAACGUUUAAAAAGUGACACAGCUACAUCAGAAAUCAAGAAAACACUCCAGAAUACUGAAUUUGUUGGUGAUCUAGAUGAUCCAACUAUCUUGUUCAGUCCAGGUGGUCCAUUUCCAAUCGGAAACAUUGGUGGUAAAGAUGGGAAUCACAUUAAUACUAACGAUCAAAUUGAUCAAAGUAAAGCCCAGGUACUAUCACCUGCGUCCGCAGGAUUGAAGGAUUUUGGCAAGGUGAUUCAGGAAGCCCCUGUUGUCGGAGAGUCCGACUCUGGCACUGGACAAGAUCUUGGGGAGGAUGUAUCUGAUGUUGUGAAGGUCUAUGCUCGAAAGAGAAAACGGAGCACUCCAACUGAAAUAGUAAAAGCAGAGUCAGCUGCAUUAAAAGAACAUAGUGGCUUUUCUAAGUCAGAGGAUGUAUCUCGUUCACAAUUGAAGGAUCAGGAACCUCUAGGUGAGAGGAUUAUCAAACAUUAUUCAAGGAGGUUUCUUUGUCGAACAGAUUCUCAUCGUCCUGCAGCUAUGAUUGAGAAACCAAAUCAACAUAUGAUGACUUCAGCUAGCAAUGGGGAAGGAAGUGUCUCUUUGCCACAGGCUGAGCAGCAUAAAGAUAUUUCGUCUAAGUCAGACGAUGCACGUCGCUUGCAGGUGAAGGAUGAGGAACCCCUAGGUGAGAGAGUAAUCAAACAUUAUGUUCGAAGGUCACUUGGCCGAACAGAUAUUCAUGGUCCAGCAAAUAUGUCUGUAAAACCAACUCAACCUAGUAUGGCAUCCGAUUGCAAUGGAGAAGGGAGUAUCCCUUUGCCGCAGGCUGAGCAUCAUACUGGUGCUUCUGCCGAGGUUGAAACAGAAAUCAAAAUCAACGUGUUCCGACGCCGCUCGAAAGCAAAUCCUUCUCAGCAGAGAUCUCCAAUGAAUGGUGACAUUGAUCUCCAGUGCAAGGUGACUGAGGAUCACACAUCUGAAGGUUACGUCCGACCGGAUCAUCAGCCUAGAUGGCUGCCAGAGGGAUGGAUAUUGGAGAUAAGGGUCCGUGACGGAAAAAAAACUCCAGUUCGUAUUAGGGACAAGUAUUACUUCAACCAGAAAUCUGGACACAGGUUUCGGUCAAGAAACGAAGUGCUACAAUUUUUAGACCAUGAGAGAAUGGGAAGGGAUCUGAUGGCGUCUGAUGCACUGGGCAGAAAGGUCCAAUCACAGAGUAUGGAAGGACUUGUUUCAAAUGCUCCUUCUUUGGUAGCAUCUAAUCCUGCCUCCACCCAACUGCAUACUGCCCGCAUGAAGACUACACCUAUGAAGCCAGCUUCUGCCGUCUUAUCUCAAGCGAACGGAACAGAUUUGCCCCAGCCUCGGGAGGAAGAUCGAAAUGGUUCAGGCUUGCUUCGUUGUUCUGGAGCAGCUUUUUCAGGGGUACGUGAACGGGGUCGAAGUGAUUCCCCUGCGAAGAAUGUGGUAACAUCAGCCCUCGAUGGGGUUGCUGCGAACAGCCCUCCACCGUUGAGCUCCAAUGAAUGUGCCCGAUUACUCUCUGGAAGUUCUGUGCCUGCUGCAGAGUCUCCCAGUGAUCAAGGAAAUAACAGGGGCAAACUAAUUUUUAGGCUUAAGCGGAAGCAACCAGAUUCAGACACAGGCAAAGGCAGAUCAAAACGGCCGAUGUACGAAGUAGUUCAUGGAGAAAAGGCAUCUUCAUCUACAUCAACUCCAUCUCACCAGGAGAACAAUUUAACCCCGGGAGAGAAAACUGGCCAGGUUGUAACCCCAGCCCUUGAUUCAGCGUCAACGCAAGUUGAGAGAACUUCAGCGAAGAACCCUCCAACGUCAUCUCUAAGCCACAACUUCCUCUCUGACUCCAUGUUAAUAAAGACCCAGGUAGAGAAUAACGUCCCAGUAGUGGACGUCUCCUUCUCUCAACCAGUAGCAGAGCAGCCUGCAGUGAUGAAGCCUGUAGUCGAAAAUGCUACCACCAAUCAAACUCCGCAGCACCUGGACUUGUUUCUGGAGCCAUACACGGCUUUGGGAAUUCCUGCAACAGCUAGAUCCUCUGGGUUGCAGCAUAUGGCAUCUUAUAGUGCCAAUCAUACACACGUGUUUUUGGACCCUCUAGAAAAUACCAUACCAUUGUCCUGGCAUUACUAUUUUACCAGUCAGGCCCCUAUCUCUAUUACCACGUCAGUACCCACCCUUGGCCCCUUUCCUUCUUUGUUCAACACCUCAGUUUCUGGGAGCCACUCCGUUGCAAAUACAGUCUCUAUUCCCAUUUUUGAACAUUUUAAAGGCGUUUCUUCUUCCAUGCAGUUGAAUGCAGCCUCCACCCUGUUCCCUUGUCCUGCAUCAGGUAUCGACAGCCGCACCAGGGAUUCAUCAAGUAUUGUCAAGAUGACGGAAGGCGUUCCUCAGACCCAGAAAGCCACGGCACCCAAAGCCUUAACCAAAGAGCAAAACAGUCAACUUCUUCUGGGUCUUGGCCGUCGUCUUUGCCUGGCAGGGGUAGAGCAUAAGAAAAAACCCUGUAGUUCGCAUUUACAGACACGGGCAACAACUCUGCAGGAUCAGAGUCAACAGGGAUUUUUUCAAGCUAUCUCUAGGAUGCAGUAAGAAUGUAGAAAAGUGGAGGAUGACUUAAACAGGCAUACGUAAAAUUUGAUUUUUUCUCUAGGAUAUUUGAUUUUUCAGCUCCUAGUCAUGAGUUUGUAGAUAAGAAUGACUGAGCUUGAUGCAAUGGGGCACCUUCUUGGAACUGCCCCAGUUGCACUCGAUUCUUUUUGUAUCAAGAUGUACGAAGGAAAUGAAGCCGUCUGGCCGAGUUGGUAGAGCCUGAUAUUCAGA